UACCUUACAUUGGAGCACGUGGCCUGCUCGAGUGACGUGUUGAUCUAGGGGCGGGGCCGCCGAGGGGCAUGCAUUGAUCAUACGGAUGUCGUCGCUGUCGAUCUUGGGCUCUGCUCGUCACGGCAAGUGUUUUUUUUUCUAAAUUGGAGCUCCCCCUGUAAACAUGAAGGUGAUCUCUAAGACCUAUGACACCAGGCGGAAAAGAAAAGCGGACGAAUCCACUGCGACCUCCAGGGUGGACUGGAAACGUACCAAGCGCGACAGCAUCUCCCAUAUUCUGGACUCCGACGAGUCUUAUACGUCGGAAGAAGAAGAAACGGGGGAAGAAAGUGACGACAGCACCGAAGAGUCAGAGGACCAACCAGAAGAAACCACACAUGAUGAAGAAGAUGGAGAUGAAGGCCGCAUCAAAAAACCCAGACUGAAGAGCAGGUCUGCCACCAUAGAUAGUGAGAGCAGCUCUGACAGCGACGGACCCGCAGAAAGAGUUAACGUCAAGCGGAGCUGUGUUAUCAAAGAGGAGGACAGCGAUGGAGCGCAGGAUGAGGAGACCAAGGCUCAUAACAAGAAACAGAAGAGGAUGGAGAAGCUUAAAGCACUUGCCAAGAAACAAAGGUCGCGAAGCCGGAGCACCCGCUACGAGGAGACUGAGGAAGGUUCACAAGAUUCUCAUUCACCAUUACCCCCAGAAACACCUUGCGAGAGCGAGGACAGCGGUGACCUGUCCGACUUCAUAGUACAGGAUGACGUGGAGAAUAACAACAACGGAGAGGCUGAAAAUCCAACAUUCAACUAUAAGGAUCUUCUCAGGAAACAUCGCAUUUCUCUGUCCGAUUCCCAUGACUUGUCCUCCCAUCUCCAGAAAAUCAUUAAGGCCUUCCUGAUAAACAUCGUCGAUGGGGAUUUUUUAAUAUCACUAUACGACGGUGUAAGAAAAAAGCGCUACGCCCAAGAUAUGCUGAAAUCGCUGGAUCAUUUGGACAACCGCAUCAUAGGCCCACGUCUGGAGAGACUAACCACCAGCUGUCGAUGGACCAAAAAAUACAAGGAGAGGCUGAACAGCUACCCCGAGCUUUAUGUGAAGAACGUAGCGGCUGAGGAGGCAUCCUGUGAAGCAUGCGAGUUACACCGUACGUGUAGUUACACGGUGACCCUAUCAGGACAAGCCUACGAUAAUGAGACGCUAGAAGAUGAUGACUUCCUAAAGAACGAUAAGCAGAAACUGCUUAUUGGCGGGGUAUGUUAUCGUCGCACUGAAGCGUACCACCAGCUGAGACAUUACAAGUAUUAUCUGUACCAACGAUGCAUUCCCUUAAUUGAUAAAACUAAAGGAGACUCUGCAAAUAAAAUUGUAGAUCUUGCGUUGUCAGUGAUGGAAGACGAAGACUUUCUAAAGAAAGAGGUUUCAUUUCUUGAAGGUUACUUGUGUGAAGCAGAUUACUUCCAGGAGGAGAGGCUUUUCAGUUAAAUUAUUAGUCCGAAAGUCCCGAAAAUACUUGUCUUCUGCAGCUGUAAAGUGUAUGGACGGUGAUCACGUUGAUUCUUGUAUAGGUUGCCGGAUGUUUGAUGUUUUAUAUUUUAUAUUUUUUUUUAAUCCAAGGCUUCCUUCCUGAUCAUCACAUUUACACCAAGACCCGAUGCCACACAUGGACUCUGAAUGUUUUAGUUCUCAGAUGCAUUUUAAAGGGACCAGGGGCCAAGAUUAGACAAAAGAUUCUGCUUCUUCCUUGAAAACAGCGCCAUCCUUGUCCAUGGGCAUGUUUGGUAAUGCAGCCUGUCCCCAUUCACACUCAAAGGGACCGAGCUGUAAUACCAGAUGUAACCCAUGGACAGGAGUGACGCUAUUUUCUGGGAGAUGUUGCCACACAGCGAGUAAUACGGUGGCAUAAAAUCAGAUCAAAUUUUAACACUAAUGGAAUUUUUUAUUGAAGUGGAAUGUUUACAGAUUUUUCUUAUUUUAGUUUUAUGAAGUUGAAGUUUUAUGAAGUGAAAAACGAGCCUGAAAUUUUAGGAAGAUAAAAAAAAAAACUGUUGCAGAUUUUCCUGCAGCUUAUUAAAGGGGUACUCCACUGGAAAACAUUUUUUUAAAUCAACUGGUGCCAGAAAGUUAAACAGAUUUGUAAAU